UUGGACGCUACGAGAAAACUAGACGUAUUGAGCAAGAAAACUCAACAAAACAAAAUAAAAACCGCAGUUUUCUUUCAUUCUCAACCUUAUUUGUUCUCUUCCUCAAAUCAACUCUAUUUGCAGAAGAAACCCUAUUUGAAUCCAACGUUUUUUGCUGUCAAGGGUUUAAUCAACAUUAUUAUGGAAACACCAUUAAUUUCAGGGAUUGCUGUGGCUGCUGCAGCUUAUGCCGCAAGAUAUAGUAUCCAGACUUGGCAAGCAUUCAUGGCUAGGCCAGCUGGGAUGCGUAAAUUUUAUGAAGGUGGUUUCAAAGCUAUCAUGGAUAAGAGGGAAGCAGCUCGCAUUCUUGGUGUUAGACCAACCGUUCCAAUUGUUAAGAUUAAAGAAGCACAUAGGAGAAUGAUGGUUGCAAACCAUCCAGAUGCUGGUGGUAGCCAUCAUGUUGCUUCCAAAAUCAAUGAAGCAAAAGAUAUGUUGCUUGGAAAGACCAAAGGUGGUGGAAGUGCAUUUUGAAGUAGUACAACAUUUCUUCCCAUUAUCUAAAUGGUUCAAGCAUAUUCUAUCUCUCAAGAAUCAAUCUUGUCUGCUUCAAAAGUGAAACCAAACACAGUAUCUUCAAAGGGGAAAUCAUACUACACCAAGCUAUUAACUUUGUUGUAACUUGUGCCAUUAAAGUUUAGUUUAGAAGGCUUCAGUAGAAAUUAUUUUACUUGGACUAUUUAAGUGCCAAUUAUUUCCUCUUUGAGUUGCUCUUCUAUUUCCUCUCUUGUUUUAGUUUAUGCAACUUUACCAUGAUUUUUGGCUUUGACAUAUAUCUUGAUUUUGAAUGAAAUCGAUUCUACACCAA